AUGCCUGUAAUUCAUAUUUUUGCAGUCAAUCCAUCUCUAACUAAUAAAAAAAUUGGAAUAAUUACAAAUAAAAAAUUACGAUUAAAUCAAAUAUCGUUCCGAACGAAACAAGACGGUCAAACUUCAAUUGCUCCCUAUAUUUACAUGUGUCCAGUCUAUAAAAAAUCGAUAAACACUGAUCUUCAUUUUAUAACUAAUCUUAAAUUAGCAUCGAAUAAUAUUCCUGAACGUUGGAUUUUACGUGGUGUUGCUUUACUUCGUGAUAUUAAAUAA